AUGAGUUUUAGAGAAAUUCUAAAUAACACUUAAAAAGUUAAAAAAAUCACAAAAGUUGCUUUCAAUGCCUUGGAUGAGGAUGACAGUGGUUUUUUGGAGAGGAAGGAAUUAAUUUCAAUUUUAAAUAAUUGUGCGGACACUUUAAAAAUUGAAAGACCAUCAUCAGAAGAAAUGGAUGAAAUAUUAAAAGAAUUAGAUGAGAAUUCAGAUGGCAAGGUUUCAGAAAAUGAAUUUCAAGCAUUAAUUGAGAAGGUCUUAAGAAUUAUGGCUAAAAUAGAAGAAAAAUGAAUAACAUUUAAUUAUUAUUAUUUAUAUAUUUUAUUAAUAAAA